AUGCCUUUCUUCACGAGUCCCCAGGCCUUGCGCCUGCGCGACCUCGCUGCCAAUCCCAACAACUUUGUCUCCAUGGCCUCGCAUUCGUUCGACUACAGCAACCAUGGCGGCUUCAUGGAGGUCUUCAAGAAGAAAGCGCACAGCUCGCACCCCGACUUCGCCAACCUCACGUUGCUGGUCUUCGAGGCCGUCAUGGAGGUCGUAUGCGUGAGCGCGCCUGGCUACAUCAUUGCGCGAAUGGGCCAGUUCGACGCAGAGAGCCAGAAGUUCCUUGCGAAUCUCAACACACAACUGUUCACCCCUUUCUUUACCAAGCUUGCAUCACAGCUGACGGCUGGGAAGCUGGGCGACCUUGCUGUGAUUCCCGUUAUCUUUGUCGUCCAGACCAUCAUCUCGUACCUCGCUGCGCUCAUUGUUGCCAAAUGCUUCGGCUUCAAGAAGAGGCAGUCGAACUUCGUUGUCGCAAUGGCCGUCUUUGGAAACUCAAACUCGCUUCCCAUCUCCCUCGUUAUCUCUCUCUCGAAGACGAUCUCCGGCCUCCACUGGGACAGAAUACCCGGUGACAACGAUAAUGAAGUCGGCGCUCGCGGUAUCCUCUAUCUGCUCAUCUUCCAGCAGCUUGGACAGCUGGUUCGAUGGACUUGGGGAUUCAAUGUCCUCCUGGCUCCUGCAGACACAUACAAGAAAGAAGAUGGUGGAACUAUCGACUCUCUCGAGAGCGGCGAAUACAGCGAAGAGGAAGCACAGCGCCUGCUAGACGACUCACAUUCGGAUUAUGAGUCAGGCAAUGUUACCAGCUACGCUACUUCCGCAGGCACUAGCGACACAGACUCGAUUCCAGACCGUGGCGACGUCCUGGCUGAAGCCGACUUCGUCACACCAACCAACGGCAAUGUUGUAGUCGCAGGAGAGGGAGAUUUCCAUGGCAGGAACGGCCAUGCGAAUGGCCACACAAACGGCAACGGAGCAUUCAACGCUCUGAACGCACUUAAGAAGGACAUCGUACCCAAAGGUCCCAAGGGUUGGCCAAAGCGAGCCAAGUUGGGGAUCCAACGCGCCGGAACAUCUAUCUCAAACGCAUUCUCCCGUGCCGGCCACACAGUCUUCAAUGCCUUACCCAAGUGGCUUCAGCGAACACUUUGCAAAGUUGGCUCUUUCGUUGCAAAAUUUACUAAGGGUGUCUGGGCCUUCAUGAACCCUCCUCUGUGGGCCAUGUUGGCCGCCAUCGUUGUAGCCUCAGUCCCUCAGCUGCAGCACCUCUUCUUCGACCCUGGCACUUUUGUCAGCACCUCUCUGACCCGCGCUGUUAACCAGAGUGGACAGGUUGCUGUUCCCUUGAUAUUGGUUGUUCUGGGCGCCAACCUGGCUCGCAACACGCUCCCAAAGGAGGAUCAGCAUUCUAUGGAAGAUCCCAAGGUCGAGAAGAAGCUUGUCAUCGCAUCUUUGAUUAGCCGAAUGCUUAUCCCGACAAUCGCCAUGUCCCCGAUCCUGGCUCUCAUUGCCAAAUACGUACCUGUCAGCAUUGUCGACGAUCCUAUCUUCGUCAUCGUUUGCUUCCUGCUCAGCGGUGCGCCUACUGCGCUACAACUGGCCCAAAUCUGCCAGAUCAACAACGUCUACAUGGGCGCUAUGUCUAAGAUCUUGUUCCAGAGUUACGUGGUAUGGAUCUUGCCUAGUACACUCAUCUACACAAUCAUGGCGUCCUCCAAUAAGCAGCCAGACGCUGCGGAGGGGAGCUUGUCACCCCGCGCGUCUACCAAAGUUGUCUCGUUUCCCGAUGAAGGCAUUUCACCUCUCAUGAUCGCAAAGCACAAGGAGCUUGAAGCGAAAGACUACCUCGACCUCGACAGACCCUCCAGACAUUAUCCUGCUAGCAUUAGCGGCAAGCGACUUUCCGGCAGACCAUCGAUUGAGCAUAUGAGUUCAUCUAAGCUGCAAAGCCAGAGCGGAGAAUCAAAGGACGGCAAUCCCUCACUCACCUCUUUGAUCUCGGAGAGUUCAAAUGAAACCCAUCACCAUGCUCAUGCCCAUGAAAGACUCACGAAACACAUCCACAGCUGGCUCAAGUCCGAGCGAACGAGGCGUGCCACACGCAAGGCAAGGCGGAAGGCCGCCAAAGAUGCCAAACAUGGUGAGGGGCCAAAAGAAGGCUUGAAGGACCAGCUUGAGGUGUCUGUAUCUUCACGAGGCAGAAGCGAUUCCGACUCAUCCGAUGGGUCGGAUGCAUUGGACCAGCUGGCAGGCAUCUUGGAAAAGACACUGAACAUGACUCCCGCAGAUGCAAAGAGGAAGGUCAACCAUGUUCGCCGGAUGUCAACAGGCCUCAAGCGCCAUUCUGCCAUCUCGAACGACUCGGAUUACUUCGAUUCGGUUGACCAGACUGUUCCUGGCUGCGACGCUGUGCUCGAUAACUCGAAGACGAUGGCUUACAGCAUCGAUGAUGCGGACUCUGAGCCGGAGGAUGAGGAUGCAGAGAAAAGAAGACGGAAGGAGAAGGAGGCCUGGACAGCUUUCAGAUUCGAGAUCCUCCGCCUAGCGCACACUCUCCGCCUGAAAGGCUGGCGCAGGGUGACAAUGGACCAGCACGACGAGAUUGAAGUCCAGAGACUCAGCGGUGCCAUGACCAACGCCGUCUACGUCGUAUCUCCCCCCAAAAACGUCAAGCCGAAGGAGGAGCGUACAGAUGGUGUACCUGUACCAAAGAACCCACCUCCCAAACUACUCCUCCGAAUCUACGGACCUCAGGUAGACCAUCUCAUCAACCGCGAGCAGGAGCUCCAGCUUCUACAGCGUCUCGGACGGAAGCGCAUUGGCCCACGUCUGCUGGGCACCUUCAAGAACGGCCGAUUCGAGGAGUUCCUUCACGCAGAACCACUCAGCUUCGAGGAACUGCGCCAGCCUGAAACAUCUAGACAGAUCGCCAAGCGUAUGCGAGAACUCCACGAGGGUAUUGAGCUCCUCAAGCCAGAGCGAGAUGCCGGUCCAUUCGUCUGGCAGAACUGGGACAAGUGGGUCGAGCGCUGCGAGCAGGUUGUUACUUGGCUCGAUGAACAGAUUCUUGAAGGCGGCGAUGUACCGGUCAAGUCCGCUUCUGAUCGUUGGAGGAACCGAGGCUUGAUCUGUGGCGUCGAGUGGCCUGUCUUCAGACAGAUGAUCGAGAAGUACCGAAGGUGGCUUGAGGAACAGUACGGCGGCAUUGAGAAGAUCAAUGAGCGCAUGGUGUUCGCACACAACGACACACAAUAUGGCAACAUCCUCCGCAUGAAGCCCGAGGGCGAGUCACCACUUCUUCUUCCCGCAAACCAGCACAAGCAGCUUGUCGUUAUCGACUUCGAAUACUCGAACGCAAACGUUCCUGGUCUCGAGUUUGCCAAUCACUUUACUGAGUGGUGUUACAACUACCACAACCCUGACUAUCCGUUCGCAUGCGCGACGAGCUAUUACCCCACCGUCGAGGAGCAGUACCGCUUCAUCCGAGCAUACCUCAUGCACUCCCCUGGCUUCACUACCCCCGGAGGCGCCUCGUCUAACCCUCCUACCCCUCACCUUGGCCCCCUUCCCACCUCUGCUAGUACCACUGCCCUCACUGCCACGGCCGCUCCUAGCACCAUUUCUGCUUUCAUGUUGGACUCACGUGCACCUCCAGGCCAAUCCUACCAGGAGCAGGAAGCUCAAGCGGAGCGCAACACGGAAGAAGAAGCCCGCCGCCUGAUGGCCGAGACCAAGCUGUGGCGAAUCGCCAACUCGGCUAUGUGGGUCGCCUGGGGCAUCGUCCAAGCCCACGUCCCCGGCCUGCCUGAUUUCGAUGCCGCAGCAGACGGCACUUCAGCAAAUCCUAGCGCCGCGGCCCUCGAUGGCGCCACAGCUGAGAUUAGAACUGAGGCAGAACCAAAGAAAGCAGAGGACCCCGCCGUGAGUACCAAGCAGACGGAGCCACAGGACGAGGAUAAACCGGACAUUCAACUGGACCAGGAUACUGAUUUAUACAAGGCACAGGAAGAUGAGGAGUUUGACUACCUCGCUUAUGCCCAGGACAGGGCCAUGUUCGUCUGGGGCGAUCUGGUUGGAAUGGGGCUGGUGAAGAAGGAGGAGUUGCCUGACACACUGAGGAACCGGAUGAAGAUUGUCGAAUACUAG